AACUGGAAGUGUGUACAAGGCUGAAACUCGAUGCGCCACGGUGGAAGAAAACAACAACAACAACAACGAUCAUGAUUCGACAUCAGAAGUGGGAUCUGGCCACCAGCCUUCAGCACUAGAUGGACAAUGGAUAGAUGGACAACAACUGUACCAGAUGCAGGGCAGAACAAAACUGUGCAACUACCCAAAUUCAACCCAGACAAACCAGGCGCCAACGCAUCAUCGUGGUGCACAACGGUGGAAGUGAUUUUACAAGAAAACACAUUAAGAAGCAUUGCAUUGGUUAUGGCCUUGAGUUCGGCUUUAGAAGGGAGUGCUUCGCAAUGGCUUUCGCAAGUGUGCUAUGCUGAAAUUACUUGGCCCGAGUUUAAAGAAUUGUUUAUACAACGCUUCGACACUAUAGAAACACCAGCCGCUAUGUUUCUUAAUAUGCUAUCAAAUCGACCGACUGAUGGCGAGAGUCUGGCUGUUCAUGCAAGUCGCAUGGUUACCGAACUAACGACGAAAUGGCGCCAAAUGGAUAACGAAGAGAUUGCUGUGUCUGUGACCUUUGCGCUGCUGGCAAGCUUCGAUCACCGAUUGCAGCGUUUAAGUUUCACAUCAAAUGUUCGAACCAGAGUCGAUCUACAGUCCGAAUUAAAAGCAUUCACUUUUAUUAAAAGGAAAAGCGGCGCUAUGGAGCAUCAGGCUGAAACUUAUUCUAAACGCAAAAACAAUCACCGAUAGAGUGCCAUUUCUGCGGAAAAGUGGGCCAUAAAAUGGCUGAAUGCAGAUUCAGGAAACAACAGAAUCAAUUCGCCACUGAUAAAACCCAACAUGGCAGGCAUGAUGUUCAUCACCGUGGAAAAUCAAAUUUAACUUGCUACAAGUGCGAAGAAUUGGGUCACAUAUCCACCCAAUGUACAAAGAAGGAAGCUGACAGGAACAAGGCAUUCAAUCGGGAGAAGCGAGUGGAACAGUGCAGUGUUGCAGUACCAAAGGGAUGUCUGAACCAUAGAGGCCAAAUUUUCAAAAUCACCUUCGAUUCGGGAUCGGAAUGCUCGUUGAUAAAAGAAAAGCUAAGUACCAAAUUUUCUGGUAAAAGAUUCAAUAAUAUUGUUAUGUUAAAAGGUAUCGGCAGCUAUGGAAUAUGUAGUACUGUACAAAUAUUAAGCAAUGUAAAAAUUGACGAUUAUUGUAUCGAAAUUUUGUUUCACGUUGUAGGCGAUGAUGAUAUGUAGAACGACAUUGUAAUUGGCCGUGAGAUAUUAAAUCAGGGUCUUGAUAUUGUCAUUUCAUCAAACCAAUUUAGGAUCUCAAAGACCAAAGUAGUUAAUUUGUGUACCGGCAAUGAGCCAGCCGAUAUUGAUACUGAGCUUGAGGGACAAGAUAAAAUAAAACUACAUUCACUGUUGGCAAAGUA